GCUAUCCAAAGCUCUUUACCAGGACUCCUAGACCUCAGGGGGAUGGCUCUGUUCAGUCUCUGUCUCUGGGUCUCUCUGGUUGUACUGAUGAAUGCUGUGCUAGUUCGUGCAGACUGUUGGCUUAUAGAAGGAGAGAAAGGAUUUGUCUGGCUGGCAAUCUGUAGCCAAAAUCAACCCCCAUAUGAAGCCAUCCCACAGCACAUCAACAGCACAGUGGUGGACCUUAGACUGAAUGAGAACAAGAUCAAAAGUAUUCAGUUUUCCUCCCUGAAUAGAUUUGGCAACUUGACUGAUCUGAACCUGACGAAAAAUGAUAUUUCCUACAUUGAGGAUGGAGCCUUUUCAGCCCAGUUUAACCUGCGUAUCUUACAACUCGGAUUCAACAGGCUUCGGAACCUCACUGAGGGAAUGCUCAGGGGGCUGGGCAGACUGGAAUAUCUCUACCUGCAGGCAAAUUUGAUUGAAAUCGUUAGUCCAAACACCUUUUGGGAAUGUUUGAGCAUAAUAAACAUUGACUUGUCCAUGAACCGCUUGCAGAUGCUUGAGAGUUCCACUUUCACUGGGCUGAGCAAACUCUAUGUCUUUGAGAUCUAUGGCAACCCAUUUCACUGCUCGUGCGAGUUGCUGGGUUUUCUGAAUUGGUUUGCACAGUUUACCAGCACAGCCAGGAGUACAGAUCGAACACAGUGCGCAUCUCCUGCUGAUGUAGAAGGUGAUGUCCUGUUGAAUCAAAGAGGAUUGAGUUCCAAGAGUGCUCUGACCAUCCUCGCCUCCACAUGUGAUGAAGAAGUGUAUUCCAUUGACACAAAACUGAUCUUUAACCAACCUCCGACCAGCCAACCAGUUGUGCCAGAAGGCCCCUGUGGCAUUGAAGACUGCCCCUCGGGUGAUGGCUCAACUCUCAUAGUAACUUUCCAGACCCCAUUCAGUGAGACAAACGAUACACCAGUCAUCAAAUUGAAAGAAGUAAACCUAACCACAGCCACUCUCAGGGUCCAUGUCCCAUCUGUUUUUAAUAAAAUGUACAUCUUAGUGCAGUUUAACAAAAGUUUCUUCACCGACAUCAAGAACCUGAGCACAGAAACAGAGGAGAUUGAGAUAAAGGGUCUGAAGCCUCAGACUAAGUACACCUAUUGUGUGACUUCCAUUCAGAAUUCGCUCAGGUACAAUCAUACCUGUCUCACCUUCCCCACGAGGAAUCAAGCGAAAGCACAGACAACCACAUCUUCCAAAGCCACGCACUACAUCAUGUCAGUCCUAGGCUGCCUCUUCGGGCUGGUCAUUGUCCUGGGAGUGAUCUACUAUUGCGUGCGAAGGCGAAGACUGCUGGGAGGGAAGCACAAGAAAUCAGGAAGCGUCAAGAAGACCAUCAUUGAGCUGAAAUAUGGCCCCGAGCUGGAGACCAUCACUAUCACCCAGCUCUCACAGAAACCCGUGCCACCCGGUGACCCCAUGUCACCCAGGGUGCCCUUCCUACCUGCCUCCGAGGCCAUGGACGAUUACGAUAUCCAGGAAAUACCAGACAGUCCCAAAGCCAUCAGGGGAAGUUACAUGGACGUCAGGACAGGCGAACACUCCCAUCACAGAGAUGUUGUGGAGAGCAUGUUUGGGGAAAACCAAAGUUCUACGGCUGAAAUCUCGACGAUAGCUAAGGAAGUGGAUAAAGUCAAUCAGAUUAUCAAUAACUGUAUAGACGCCUUAAAGUCGGAGUCUGGCUCUUUCCAAGGGGGGAAGUCAGGGGCUGGGGCUUCUGUUGACCCCCAGUUAUUAAUGAUCACUGAAAAUCCCCAGGGAAGAUCUAAUUUUCUGUCCCCUGUCUACCAGGAUGGUUACCAUCAUCUCCAGAGGCACAGCAGUAUGGAUGUGAUACCCAAAAGCUCCAGCAUGUCUUCCAACUGUUCCAUGCGAAGCCCCAGGUUAUUCCGUUCAGAGACUUCUGCUGGUCCCUUUUACACGUCCGAGACAAAAUACAUUGAGAGGAUGUCUCCUACACGCAGCGCAGUCCGCUCUGCCAGCUCAGGUCCUCACCUGAGAUCAGAUGCAAUGCGACAGUAUGGUGAGCAUUGUCACCUCUACGCGGGAAUGCAUCACGGGAGCAAAGAGUCGAGGAGCCAGAGUCCAUGUGUUAUGGAGCCCUUAUCUAGAUCCCGGCGGAACCUGGCCUACUCGCAGUUCUCCCCACAGUACCACAACAUCAGCUACUCCUCCAGUCCCGAAUACUCCAGCAGAUCAUCCAAGGGAGUCUGGGAACGGUACAAGCCCCACGAGAAAUGUCACAGAAGGGAGGAGUACUUGGCAGCAGGGUACGCCCUGAGGAAGAAAGUCCAGUUUGCAACAGAUGAGGAUUUGCACGAUAUCCUGGACUACUGGAAGGGGGUGUCCGCCCAGCACAAAUCCUGAUUCCUCAGCAACUGAGAGACUCAAUGGGACCAAAAGGAAAUUCAUGUAAACACAACAGUUUUUAAUCUGACCAACUCAACUGUUCUUGCGCUGAUGCACUACAAUUGUGACACUGACUUUAACAAUCAGUAUAAGAUUUCUUAUAUAUACGUAUAUAUAAGCCCGGAAGCCUUGGAAUGUUGGAUAUUAUUUAUCGCAUGACCCUGUGCUGUGACUGUGACUCACUGUAGUGUACAUAGAGACAUUACUCGCUGUACACCCAACGUGACUGGACUGUGCUGUGUAACUGUACCUCACACAUGCUGCUCACAUCCUUGCAUUGUAUAGUACGAUUUACCAGUAAAAUCUCCGCAAUUCUGUACAGAUAAAUUUCUAUAUUUGCAAUGAUGUUUCUGGUAUUACACCUGUUUGUAUCAGGUUUUAAUCAUGGAUUUUACAGAAGUUGUUUGUUUCCAAUGAAUGUCUCCUCUGACAAGUGACCCCGAGCAUUGGAUAAAAACUGCACUGGUGAAAGAA